AUGUCGGGCACGGGUACGGUUAAUAGUCAGUCGCUGCGGUUGGAGGAUUCGUCGCCUUUCAACCCAGAUGGCACACGAGCUUCUCGUGCGGAUGAACAGCCUGCAGCUGCUGUUACUCCGGUUUCUGCGCUCUCGCCAUCGGAUGCUGGUUCAGUGAACAUUAUUUCGGAUGAAACUUUGGUCUCGUUGCAAGAGGGGUGCAUCCCUCAUUCCGCCGUCAGUUACGAUGCUUUGCUGAAAAAAUCCAUAAUGCUGCUCAAGGAAAAAAUUUGCUUGGAGGACGAGAAUAAGAAGCUUCGGGCACGAAACGAAUCGCUUAAGCAAACCAACAAAACCAUCAGGGAAACUAGUGUUCGCCUGCACGCCAAGGCCGAACAAGAAGAGGAAUAUAUCUCAAAUACUCUUCUGAAGCGCAUUCAAAAAUUGAAGAACGACAAGGAGGCACUUGCACUGAAGUACGAGCAGGAGGAGGAGUUUCUUACCAACGACCUCACUCGUAAACUUUCUCAGCUGCAAAAUGAACGAGACGAAUUGGCUGGGCAAAUUGAGGCCGAACAAGGUUGGGUGGUCGACACUUUGCUCGUGAAGAUCCGUAAGCUGGAGGCGGAAAUCAGCGCAAAUCAUGCGGCUUUGGAACAGCUGCGACGAGAAAAGGUGGAUUUGGAGAACGCGCUGGAGCAUGAGCAAGAAGCACUGUUUAACACUCUGGGGAAGCAAAUGGACAAGUUGGAGGCAGAAAAGAGGUCUCUUGUGUUUGUACCUUUAAUUCACGUUGGCGUCCUUACCCUGGCGAUGAGUGGCUAUACUACUAGGUGCGAAUUAAUGCUUCGGAUCUGUUACUGGGCUCUCUAG